UCUUCUUCCCCCAAAUCACAAACCGAUCCCAUCGAUGACGACGGAUCACACAUCCUUCUCGUUCUCCCUCCCCUCCGCCGUCGCAGAUGAGGCCCCGGCGGGGGGAGAUUACCCGACCGCGUCUUUCCGUAUGGAUUUACCGGAGGGGGCGGCGAAGGAAGGCGACGCCGUAGACGACGAUUCCAGUGACGAUUCCGACUUCGCUUUUGCUGUGGGGGACUCCGACGAGCUCUCCUCCGCCGACGCCGACGAGAUCUUCUUCGGCGGCCGGAUGCUCCCCGUCUACCCCAUCUUCAAUCGCGAUCUCCUCCCCGAUCCGGCAACCGAGGAGGAUGCGGAAGCGGCGGAGCAGAUUCCGAUCCGGCAGCUUCUUCUCCGGGAUCCGGCGCCGCCGCUCAAGUCCUCGACCAAGGCGCCGGAGGCCGCCGGCGAGUUCUGCGCUUGGACGCCGAACGACUGCAGGAAGAGCGCCUCCACCGGGUCGUCUCGCCGGUGGCGGCUCCGCGACUUGAUGAUGGGUCGGAGCCACAGCGACGGGAAGGAGAAGUUCGUUUUCCUCGAGGCGGAACCUCCGGCCCCAACGAGACCUGCAGCGAAGGAGAAGAAGGCGAGCGCCGGAGCCAGCCCGGCGAGGACGGAGCCGAGGAAGGCGGCGAAGAAGGUGAUGAGGGUGGCGGAGAUGGAUAUGGCCACCGCUCACCGACUCUUCUACGCGAAGGGAAGCGGAAACGAUCAGGCGGUGAAGGGACCGCAGCGGUCAUUCUUACCGUACCGGCAGGAGCUUUUCGGGUUGUUCGCACCCAUGAACACCCUCCAACGCACGCCGCGUCCCCCAUUUUAAUUGAUUAAAAUAUUCUCCAUAUUAUAUGGAAGUCUUUUUUUUUAAAAAAGUAUUUAUUUAAUUUCCUUUUCUUUACUUUCAAAUCAAAUCUGUAUAUUUUGUUUGAUAAAUAAUUUUCACUGAAUUUUGCCUACGGAA